AUGAAGAUUGCUGGCUGGAAUCUCCGCACUCUUCGCGACGAAGGAACGCAAUCUCUCACCGUCAAGACUCUGUACAAGUAUGGUGGUUGUGUCGCCUGUCUGUCAGAGGUCCGCCUCCCGAUUAGCGGGCAUAGAAUAAUGAAAGUGCCAGAGCCUGACUGUGUCUACCACCUUUACCAUAGUGGAGUGGAGGACAACAGCGGGCUGUAUAGAGUGGCGAUUGCUCUCAGCUCAGUGGCACGGACAGCACUGCUCGCUUGGGAACCAGUCUCCAACAGGCUGGCCAUGAAUGCAGCGGAGGAGGACAAGGACAUUUUCUACCGCGACCCUCAAGCGGUUGUAGAUCGUACACCUUUCACUGAUCUUCUAGUGGUAGCAGCGGAUUGGAACGCUCGCACAGGACAGGAGGAUGAAGGCACCAGGCAUGUUCUAGGUCGAUUCGCCCUCGGAACACGGUGUGACAAUGGCGACCGUCUAGUCAACUUUGCAGUCGCUAAUCGACUUGUGGUGACUAAACACUCGUUUCCAGCACCCGCGAUGACAUCUCGUCACCUGGCGUUCCAAUGA